CGUUUCACCGACGGCGGGGCCUCGAGCGGCGCGGUCAUCAGGGUGUCCACGCGGCUCGGCGGCACGUACGCGUUCGACACGGCGCGCGGGUCGUGGCGCAGGGAAGGCGACUGGACGCUGCCCUUCGAGGGCCGCGCGCAGUACGUCGCCGACUACGGCCUCUGGUUCGGGUUCUCGAACUCGGACCGAGGGGGUUUCGUCCUGCGCGCGGCCAACUUCGAGGGGGGCAGGCCGGUGCAGAGGCAUAUCUGGCCCGACGUCGACGGCAUCGCGGACCACGCCGACGAGUGGUACACGGGGGAUGACUACCUCUCCUACCUAGGGGCCAGCAGGUUCUGCGUGACAAGGUUCUUAACCUCCACGAAAGAUUUCCGGCACAUCGCCGUCGUGACGGCAUUGGAGGCGACGCUCGCCGCGGGGAGCGAGGAGUUGCACAUGGUCAGGAAGGCGUCGAGGUGCUACCACUUCUCCAAAGUCUUUUUGAGUUUGAGUUGGAAAAGACAAGCACAAAAAAAAGACUUUUUUUUGUCAAAUCCCCUGCUACUGAUGAACAACGCCAUUGCACCAUCGUAUGUGUCAGCUUUUGAACUAGAAGUUCCUGCAGAUUUGUUGCCGGACACAUGUGUCCAAAUUUCAGUGAUUUUUAUUGCUUUGCUUUCUGUGGCGUCGACAUUUCGCCGUGGGCAGUGAACUUGCUGUGUUUUCUAGCCGCUUUAUAAGAGCGGCGGCGGCCGCUCCCUGGCUCAGAGCCUCAGACCAAGAACAGCAGCGCGCGUCAGGGCGGCGUCCGCGACCGGAGCCCAUCAUCCCCACUGACCCUAGCGC